AUGAGUGAAGUCUGUGUAACAAGUUAUGAUUCCAUUGCUAAGCGUCGAAGUCAAAAGAGAAAAGAGCGGAUAUUGAUGAAUUCCAAGCAACGUAUUGAGUCAAUUCUUGGUGCUCAUGGUGGAGAAGAGCCUCGUAAAGAACCCGUUCUGGAUGGUGUUCAAAACUGUAAUAAUGUGUUCACUGCCUCGACAUCGAUUGGUGCUCAUUACGAUACCCACUCCUCAGAAAUAUCUGUCAAUACCGCAGAAUUAUCAGAUAAGAGCAUUGCGGAUGGUGUGAGCUCUGAAUUGGAUUCGUUUAUUCGUUCUACACCAGCGAAUGAGCAUUUAGAGACCUUCACCGGAACACAGGAUGAACCGUGGUAUAGUUUCAUCGUAGCAGAUCGACUGCGUACCUGCAUCACUGCUGGCGUUAUAUUACGUAUUUUUGUGGCACUAUCGUUACUCGUAAAUGUUGUUAUACCAUGGAUACUUGUCUAUAUUACUGUUGAUUACUUCAUCGUUAAUAAGUGCAAAUCAUCAUAUUAUCAAAGUUGUACUCUUCUGUUAAAUGGAUUAAAUUUCUUCGCCACCAACGAAAGUUCCAUCGGUCGUAUCAAAGAGAAAUUCUUAAUUCGAACAGGGUACCUGAUCGAAAAGACUUGGUACUUCGUACAAGAUUCUUUGCUUGCUGCAUUCGCUUUCUUGGUAAUGCACGUUAUUCUUCAUUUCGCUGCCGCUAUUCGUUUCAGUUAG